UCAUCAUGUCUUAGUAUGGUCAAACAUAUUGCCUGCUAGUAUAUAUUCACGAAUUGUUUUAAAACAAUGUCAAGAGAGAACCAAAAAGACUCGAGCUGAGAGCGUUUUGCUACAAAUCCUCAUGGACCUUGCCUAUAGAUAUCAGCCUUUGCCCAUGUCAUUCUCAUGCCUAACUACAAUCCUUCUUCUAUUAGGGAGUGUCCUAGCUUUAGUAAAAGAUGGCUGGGACGAGAUUGAUCGAUUGGCUUUAUUAGAAUUCAAGGCUCGAAUAGCUGAUCCUAGUGGGGUUUUACGCUCGUGGAAUGAUUCUAGUCACUUUUGUGAUUGGGAUGGUGUCACUUGUGGUCGCAAACACCGAAGAGUCACCAUACUAGACCUUGGCUCCAAAAACUUAUACGGGGUCGUGCCGCCCCAUAUUGGUAAUCUGAGCUUUCUGAGGGGCGUCCAUCUAGAGAACAACAGUUUUCAUGCCAAAAUUCCCCCGCAUUUUGGCCUCUUGUUUCGGUUGCAAAAGUUGUUCCUUAAUAACAACUCGUUCAGCGGUCAAAUCCCCUCAAAUCUCUCAUAUUGCUCCAAUUUGCUCAUUCUUAACUUAGGCAUCAACAUGCUCGAAGGAAAUUUGCCGACAGAACUCGGCUCAUUGUCCAAGCUCCAACGACUUAUUCUUCAAGUCAACAGUAAUAACCAAUUAGAAGGGGGUUUACCUAGCGACUUAGGCUUCACUCUUCCGAAUAUCGAGAUUAUCAGUACGUCGCAAAACCACCUCACUGGACCCAUUCCUGAGUCAAUAUCCAAUGCCUCUAACCUCAAGGAAAUCCAAAUCACCGAGAACAAUUUAACUGGGAAAGUUCCUUCUUUUUCGAGGAUAAGAGGACUCUAUUGGUUUAAUAUUGAUGACAACAACUUAGGAGGUGAGCAAUCUACUGAUUUGGACUUCCUCUGCUCUUUAACUAAUUCCACAAAAUUGAAUGUUUUGCGCAUAGGGGUAAAUGCUUUUCGAGGACCAAUACCCGACUGUAUCAGUAACCUCUCAAUCACUCUUUCCAUCUUUGGGUUAGCAUACAGCUAUAUUUAUGGAACCUUACCUUAUGGGAUCGGAAGUCUCAUUAAUUUGGAGAUCCUGGAAAUGCAGGGCAAUAACAUCUCAGGAAACAUUCCUUCCGAGAUUGGAAAUCUAAACAAACUGAAGCUUUUGGAUCUUAGCCAAAAUAAAUUAUCGGGGCAAAUACCAAAAUCUUUUGGGAAUUUCAGGAUGUUAAUCGAAUUGUGCUUGGACAACAAUAAUUUACGGGGCUCGAUACCUUCGGCUCUGAAAUAUUGCCAAAAUCUACUUCUCUUGAACCUUUCGACCAACAGCCUCAGUGGUUAUGUACCCCCGGAGAUUAUGGGCCUCUCAUCUUUGUCGAUUUACCUCGACUUGUCUCGAAAUAGUCUUACCGGCUCCCUUCCAGAAGAAGUUGGAAAAUUGCAAAAUCUCGGCGAACUACAUCUUGACAGGAACAGAUUUUCUCAACAGAUUCCAAGCAGUAUAGGUUUUGAAUGUUUCCAACAACCAAUUGUCCUACCAAAUCCCGAAAUUUCUAGAGUCACUAAAUCGACGAAUUUGAGCCUAUCUUACAACGAUUUCGAGGGUGCAUUGCCUACUGGAGGAGUUUUCAAAAGUGCCCUUUCAACUUCGGUCAUUGGAAACAAGAAGCUUUGCGGGGGUCUCCCAGAUUUUCAACUACCCAAAUGCUACUGCAAAGAGUCAAAAAGGACGAGAAUAAGCGGAAUUGCAAAAAUUCUUAUAUCUACAGUCUCUGCUCUUGUUGGAGUAGCCUGCAUACUAUCUUUGUUAUACUUCUUUUGGUUUAGACACAAUAAGAACGCAUCAGCUUCAAGCUCUUCUGAAGAUGGGUUUUUGCGUGUUUCUUAUCACAACCUACUAAAAGCGACAGGUGGAUUCUCCUCCACCAAUUUGCUUGGUGUGGGCAGUUUUGGGUCCGUGUACAGAGGGCUGCUUGAUCAAACUCAAUCGGUUGUGGCCAUCAAGAUUCUCAACCUUACAUGUGAUGGAGCUUCCAAGAGCUUCAUAGCCGAGUGCGAGGUCUUGAGAAGAAUCCGACAUCGUAAUCUCGUGAAGGUACUCACGGCAUGUUCUGGGUUUGAUUUUAAUGGAAAUGAUUUCAAGGCAUUGGUCUACGAAUUCAUGUCAAACGGAAGCUUGGAUGAGUGGCUGCACCCAACUGCAUCACAAUAUAUGGAGAGAAACAUGUUGAGUCUACUUGAGAGAGUGAAUAUUGCAAUCGAUGUUGCUUGUGCACUAGAUUAUCUCCAUCAUCACUGUGAAAUGCCAAUAGUUCAUUGUGAUCUAAAGCCAAGUAAUGUCCUUCUUGACGAUGAAAUGAAUGGACAUGUAGGCGAUUUUGGGCUUGCCAAGUUCCUUCCAGAAGCAACACAUAAGUUGCUAGUAGAUCAAUCGAGCUCUGUCGGAGUAAAAGGAUCUUUUGGCUAUGUAGCUCCAGAGUAUGGCGCGGGAAGUGCGGUAUCUACAGAAGGAGAUGUGUAUAGCUUCGGAGUCCUCGUUUUGGAGAUGUUCACAGGCAAGAGGCCGAUUGAUGACAUGUUUGAAAAUGGGUUGGACCUUCAUCGCUUCACAAAGGCAGCUUUGGCAGACCGAGUGGAGAAGGCAAUUGAUCCCAUUUUGCUUCAGGAAAUCGAGGAGUUGGAGAAGAGACGAACAAUUGCUCCAGAGGGCAAGAACAAGAGCUGGUGUAGUAUCAAGGAUUGUUUGGUUUUGAUCAUCGAAGUAGGAAUCACUUGCUCUUUUGAGUCAUCGAAGGAGCGAAUGGACAUCUGCAAUGCAUUGACUAAACUCCAAGAAAUGAGGAAGAAACUUCUUGAGUUCAUUGUCACCGUCUAG